AGUUUAAUUAAUUUUAAAAAAAAAACGUCUCUCGGACGGGAGCCGGCUCUUAUCGUUCACUUAAAAGAGUCGGCUCUUUGAACCGACUCGUUUGCAACCGACACACUAAAAGUGGUGAAAUCUGGCUGCUGUGUGAGUGAGUGAGUUUCUGCUGUGCUUGUUCGGGGUCUUUUAGUAGCAGUCCCAAAACCCCCGCUGCUGCUGUCGACCUUUGGAUCCCGGGUGCUCGGGUAGUAGGCAGCUCCUCCGUCCACGGUGACCAUUGGCUGCUCUCUUCUCCUCUACUGUGUGUGUGUACAGUCGCUUCCUGCUGCAACAUCGUGGCCCAUAACCAGCCGUCUCUUUUUACACGCAUACACGCACGCACGUUAUGUGGCGUGAGUGUGCGCGAUGCAGCUGCAGCCCAAAGUCCCCCCGUCAGAGUCUCUUAUCGCAAUGAUUGAAGAUUAACGAGAGUUAUCCGCGUCCACAGUUGUAGACCACAAGUUGUGUCCUGCAGGCCACCGGGAAGCCGACAGAACGGAGGCGGGCUGACAGCGUGUCGAAGGCGGACUGGAAGAAGGUGAAGUCACCGCUGCAGCUGCUGCACCGGAGCCAUGACCGAGAAACGCAUGUCGCGGUGGUAUUUCGGUGGGCUGGCGUCCUGCGGAGCCGCCUGCUGCACGCAUCCUCUGGACCUGCUCAAGGUACACCUGCAGACACAGCAGGAGGUGAAGAAGAGGAUGAUGGGGAUGGCCGUUCAUGUGGUGAAGAGCGAUGGCGUGCUGGCUCUUUACAGUGGCCUCUCUGCCUCCCUUUGUAGACAGAUGUCCUAUUCCCUCACCAGAUUUGCCAUCUAUGAGACCGUGAGGGACAUGAUGGGCACCACAAGCCAGGGCCCCAUGCCCUUUUACCAGAAGAUCCUGCUGGGAGCCUUCGGAGGUUUCACUGGUGGAUUUGUUGGCACGCCGGCAGACUUGGUGAAUGUCAGGAUGCAGAAUGACAUGAAACUACCACCAGAACUGAGGAGAAACUACAAGCACGCCAUCGACGGGCUCUUCCGAGUCUUCAGAGAAGAGGGCUUGAGGAGACUGUACUCAGGAGCCACCAUGGCCUCCAGCAGAGGAGCGGUGGUCACUGUGGGACAGUUGGCGUGCUACGACCAGGCCAAGCAGCUCGUGCUGGGAACAGGCAUGAUGGGAGAUAACAUACUCACACACUUUCUCUCCAGCUUCAUCGCUGGAGGCUGUGCUACAUUCUUGUGUCAACCUCUGGAUGUGAUGAAGACGAGGCUGAUGAGCUCAAAGGGAGAGUACACAGGGGUGGCGCAUUGCUUACGAGAAACUGCCAAGCUUGGUCCUCUGGCAUUUUAUAAGGGUCUCGUCCCCGCAGGGAUCCGCUUGAUUCCUCACACGGUGCUCACCUUCAUCUUCCUCGAGCAGCUCAAGCAGAACUUCGGCAUUGUCAUCAUCUCCUGAGCACAAGCUCCGUGGCCAGCCGCUUUUCACCCCUCCCCUCCCCUCCCCCGUCACCGACACUGCCACACAGCACCCUGUCACCGCUCUACUCUUGGCAUUUAGAAAGGAAGAAGGGGAGUCAUGUACAGUUCAUUAUGGGCUUGUGCAUGUUUUCCUUCUCCUUUUGCUCUACCUCUAUCUCGCGGCUAGUUAGGACUUUGAUUAUUAAGAGCACCACCUUCUAGAAGAACAUGAUAAAUGUACAGGUGCUUCAAAUGGUUAUUUUUAGAAUGAGCUGCCAAAUUUAGAGAGCAGAUUAGUAUUGGUUCUAGCAGACGUUUAAUGUAGUCGUCCAGUGAAAUUUCAGGUGGGAUUAGUUACGUGAGACUUAUUGUGAUUAAGUGUUAAUUCUUGAGUUAAGGAACAAUUCAUCUGUCACGUUGACAGACAAACUAAAUGAUGACUAACGAAUUCCAGAUCAGAUUUUGUGAUUUAUGUGUUAAUUUCAGCAAUACUUAAGUUCACCAGUGGCGUCCAGCGCCUUCAGAGGUCACACACCAGUGUGGCUUAAAAAGUUAGUGCCAGGAAUGUGUUUCCACACGUUGCAGCACGUCAUUGGUGUCAUAUUAGGUCAGGACAGAGCUUGUGAUGUAGCAGAAAUACAAAAAUGCAAACAAACACAGUGUAGCCUUGUCAUCAGUGCCAUUUUUUCCAAUCUAUACUCUUACCCAGAAGCCAUUACUAAAACGUGACUUAACAAACUGUUAUGUAAUUAACAUAGUAACCAUUCCCAACAGCGGUGACCAAAUGUGAUGCACCCUGAAUUUAAAGGGACUGUUUAUAACUUUUUAAGCGUAUAAAUGUGCCGGAUCGGGACACAUGCGUGCUCACAUAUGCGCGUUCGCGUGCUGCCGCAGCCUCUGCUCCUCUGCCUGCUUGCCUUCACUCAGACAGAGCGCGCGUUCUCGUUCAGCUUGCUCCACCUCUAGACAUGAACGCGCGCUCACUCCACA